AUGGCGCACUACACACCAUACAAACUUAUUGUGCAAUAUUAUUGACCGUGUGUAGCAGGCUUUAUGGGAGAUAGCCAUUAAGGAGAAGAAAAAGAUAGUUCACACAAUCAGCUGAUCGAUGUUAAGAAUAUGGCGAAACUACGUCAAGCGGUGUGGGGGUUAUCCUCGAAUUUUGCAUCGAAUCGAUACUUUUCGCGUUUACUAAUAUCGCCUCUGAAUCAUGUCACAUCGUGUAAACUUCGAGGUUUAGCGACUAAAACUGCGAUUGAAUCGCAUGAGGAUGCUCUUAUUAUUAGCGACAACUGCGUCAAACGUCUCAAAGAAAUUUCGCAAAAUGGUACGUGUUUAAGAGUUACCGUUGAAGGGGGAGGAUGCUCAGGUUUUCAGUACAAAUUUGAUCUGGACUCAACGAUUCACGACGACGAUAAGAUAUUUCAAAAAGAUGGAGCCAAGGUAGUGAUAGAUUCGACGUCUCUGGAGUAUGUUAAGGGUGCAACAAUAGAUUAUCAUUCCGAAUUGAUUCGAUCGGCGUUCAGAAUAACAAGUAAUCCAUUGGCUGAGCAAGGUUGCAGUUGUGGUGCAAGUUUUGCAAUAAAAGUCGAUUGAUUCAAUUCAAUCUCAAAAACCCUAGCAAAUAAUUAGCCUGAUGAAUCGAUUCUAUCAAAUUUGUCAAUGAAAUUGCGUUAGGUACUGACCAAAAUCAUUGCAGAAGGACGCACGGAGAAAUUGGCUGUACACGAUAGAUGGUAGUGUAAAUUAUUUUUGAUUUUACAUUCGAAAUAAAAAUAUUGUAUAUAUUUUGUUAAAUAAUGAAUAAAUGUGACCCUCGAAAUAUAA